AUGACAGAUUGUUUUGUAAAUUCCAUAGAAAAGGAGCUCUCCGAUGCUGAAUCUGCAAGCAAGGGAUAUGCCAACCCUUCUUUCCAACAUGAUGAAAAUCUUGAACAAAGUGACCAGUUAAAGCCCACGAGAAAGACGAAGGGAAAGGAGAAGCCAGAGAAAAAGGUGGUUGGCAUUUUUGAAUUGUUUAGCUAUGCUGAUCAGGUGGAUGUCCUUUUGAUGGUAGUUGGUUUGAUUGCAGCUGUUGCAAAUGGUACUGGAUUGCCACUUAUGAUCAUUGUCUUUGGAGAGAUGACAAACAGCUUUGUGCUAAGUGGUGUGAAAUCAAACGUGUCGGAAGAUACUUCAGUAAAUAGUUCCAGCUGUCCAUUAAUUCCAAGCAUAGAUAUAGAAGCUGAAAUGACUAAGUUUGCUUACUACUACGUGGGACUUGGCUGUGCUUUGUUGGUCCUCAGCACCAUCCAAGUAUCGACGUUUUUGAUUGCUGCUACGAGGCAGGCAGCACGGAUCCGGCAGAAGUUCUUUUUUGCAGUGCUCCAUCAAGAUAUGGCUUGGUUUGAUACUACCCAGAUAGGAACGCUGAACACCAGACUGACGGAUGACAUCAGCACCAUCCAUGAAGGCAUCGGAGACAAGAUCUGUAUAUUUGUACAGUUUUUUGCCACAUUUCUGGCAGGGAUUAUCAUAGGAUUCAUCUACGGGUGGAAGCUGACACUGGUGAUUUUGUCAGUCAGCCCUCUGCUUGCUGCAUCAGCAGCAGUUUGGUCAACUCUCCUGGCAUCCCUUACUGCUAAAGAGCUGUCUGCUUAUGCCAAAGCAGGAGCUGUGGCAGAAGAAAUCUUGACAGCAAUAAGGACUGUUGUGGCUUUCAAUGGACAGCAGAAGGCAUUAGCAAAAUAUGAUGCUAACUUAGAGAUGGCUAGAAGUGUUGGAGUGAAAAAAUCCAUUACCACCAACACAUCACUAGGUGUUUCACAAUUUCUUAUCUUUGGAUCCUAUGCACUUGCAUUUUGGUAUGGAACCAAGCUCACUGCUGAGGAGGAAAAUUAUGACAUUGGCCGUGUGUUAAUUGUGUUCUUCUCUGUGCUCAUCGGAGCCUUCUCCCUGGGCCAGGGGGCUCCCAACCUGGAGAGUGUGGCUAAGGCACGUGGGGCUGCCUAUGAAGUAUAUCGGAUUAUCAAUAAGAAACGGCUCAUAGAUAGCAGUUCUAAGGAAGGCUACAAACCAGACAAGCUCAUAGGAGAAAUAGAAUUCAGAAACAUCCAUUUCAGUUACCCAUCCAGACCUGAUGUUGAAAUCCUCAAAGGUCUAAACUUGAAAGUUCAACCUGGGAAGACCAUUGCUUUAGUUGGUGCCAGUGGCUGUGGAAAAAGCACUACAGUUCAGUUGCUGCAGAGAUUCUACGAUCCUGUCCAGGGAGAAAUUACCUUAGAUGGUCGGGAUAUUCGGACACUUAAUGUAAAGUGGCUAAGAGAAAAUAUCGGUAUUGUGAGCCAGGAGCCUGUUUUGUUUGCAACAACAAUAGCAGAGAACAUUCGUUAUGGCCGAGAAGAUAUUUCUGAUGCUGAAAUUGAGCAAGCAGCCAAGGAAGCCAAUGCUUUUGACUUCAUAUCUAGACUGCCUGAUAAAUUUAACACCAUGGUAGGCGAAAGAGGGGCUCAGCUGAGUGGGGGACAGAAGCAGCGAAUAGCUAUUGCUCGUGCCCUGGCAAGAAAUCCCAAGAUUCUUCUUCUGGAUGAAGCUACCUCUGCACUAGAUACUCAGAGUGAAUCCAUAGCUCAAGCAGGUCUCAAUAAGGCUCGGACUGGACGUACCACCAUUGUGAUUGCUCACAGACUGUCGACCAUCAGGACUGCUGACACUAUUGCUGGAUUUGAGAAAGGUGUCGUCGUUGAACAAGGAACACACAGUGAACUCAUGUCGCAGAAGGGAGUCUACUAUUCUCUUGUAAUGCAGCAGGGUUGUAGCAAUAAUGUUCAAGAUAAUGGGACAUCAGAAGAAAGUGAAGACAGAGAGGAUGAGGAAUAUGAGGAAAAUGACAGAAAUUAUCUUGUGGAGGAGCUGACUCUUCAAGAUCAUUUUGAAGAAUUGGUGAUCUCUGGGAGAGGCAGCAUUCAAAGAAGAUCCAGCAGAUAUAAAAGCAAGAGGUGCUCUUCUAAGAAAAAGUCCUCUGGAGAAAAGAAAAAAAAAGAGCUGGAGGAAGAAAACCUCCCUGCUGUGCCUUAUUCAAGAAUCCUGGCUCUGAACAAACCCGAGUGGCUGUAUGUAUUGCUGGGAGUGAUUGCUGCUGCUGUCUCAGGUGGGGUCCACCCUGCAUUCGCUGUUAUAUUUGGAAAAAUCAUUGGGGCUUUUCAAGAAACAGAUCCAGAAAAGAGGAAUAAAAACACUUUGGUGCUUUCUUUAAUGUUUCUUUUACUUGGAGUGAUUACCUUAGCAGCAUAUAUAAUCCAAGGGUUCAUGUUUGGGAAAUCUGGGGAAAUACUAACCAUGAGACUGCGCUCUUUGUCCUUCAGAGCAUUACUUCACCAGGAGGUUGGAUGGUAUGAUGACCAGAAAAAUGCUGUUGGUGUUCUGCUAACUCGGCUUGCUACAGAUGCUUCUCAAGUCAAAGGGGCAACUGGAAGCCGACUUGGACUGAUAACUAUGACUGUCUUUACCCUUCUGACUGCCAUCGUUAUUGCUUUUGUAUAUGGCUGGCAGUUAACUUUGCUUAUCCUGGCCUGCGUUCCUUUCCUUAUUGCUACAAAUGCUGCAAGAGUUAGCUCUGUGUCUGGUCAUGCUGCAAAAGAUCAAAAAGCUUUGGAAGAGGCUGGAAGAAUUUCAACAGAAUCUGUUGAAAACAUAAGAACUGUAGCUUCACUGACCAGGGAAGAAGCAUUUUAUGAAAGAUAUGUUACAAGUUUGAAUGGUCCAUAUAGAGAUUCUCUGACAAAAGCCCCUUUCUAUGGAUUUACCUACGGAGUAGCUCAGUGUGCAAGCUACUUUAUUAACGCGGCAGUCUUCAGAUUUGGGGCAUGGCUCAUUGCCCAUUGUCUGAGCAACUUUGAAAACGUAUUUAUAGUCUUCUCUUCCAUCAUAUUUGCAGCUAUGAAUGUUGGUCAGUCUGCUUCCCUGGCACCAGAUUAUAGUAAAGCUAGAAUGUCAGCCCAAAGAAUCUUUCAACUUUUGGACAGAAAACCUCUAAUUGACAGUUACAGUGAAGAAGGUGAAAAAUUGAGCAAUUUUGAAGGCAACAUUGAAUUCAGAAACAUCCGUUUUGUGUAUCCAACAAGGCCAGAAGUUCAAGUUUUGCGAGGACUCAAUGUGAAGGUUAACAAAGGACAGACUCUGGCAUUAGUGGGAAGCAGUGGCUGUGGCAAAAGCACAUCCAUUCAGCUCUUGGAGAGAUUUUAUGACCCUGUGGAAGGACAAGUGUUAGCAGAUGGAUUUGAUACCAAAUCUUUGCAUUUACAAUGGCUGAGGUCCAGACUGGGCCUGGUGUCACAGGAGCCCAUUUUGUUUGACUGCAGCAUUGCUGAAAACAUUCAAUAUGGAGACAACAGUAGGGUGGUUAGUCAGGUGGAAAUUGAAGAAGCAGCUAAAGCAGCAAAUAUUCAUACCUUCAUUGAAAAACUGCCGGAGAAAUAUAAUACCCGGGUGGGUGAGAAAGGAACACAACUUUCUGGAGGCCAAAAACAAAGAAUAGCAAUUGCCCGUGCUCUGGUUCGUAAUCCUGCCAUUCUGCUUCUGGAUGAAGCUACCUCUGCUCUUGACACAGAAAGUGAAAAGAUCGUCCAGAAAGCUCUGGAUAACGCCCGGCAAGGUCGAACCUGCAUCGUCAUCGCUCACCGCCUGACGACUGUACAGACUGCAGACAUCAUUGCAGUGAUCCAGAACGGCAGGGUGGUUGAGCAGGGCACCCACAGCCAGUUACUGGCAAAGGAAGGACACUACUAUGCCCUUGUAAAUGCACAAGUCUCUAAUUAG